UGACUUCUGAGAGGUUUUUUUCUUAGCGAAGAAUUCUUUCUCUCUCACAUGUUCUGAGUUCAGGGUUUCUCUCAUAUGUUCUGGGUGAAAGAUUAGGGUUUCACCUUGAUUUCUCCAAUAAAAUUUUUAAUGAGGAGUUGGACAAAGAGGUACAAAGGACAAGGUGGCGAUGAAACAACACCAGAAAGCCCUCGGAAGAAGAAAAUAAAAAUGGAGGAAGUUGUCAGGCAAAGGAAAAUCACAGGGAAAAACUCCAAGCAAAGAACCUGAAAUAGAUGAUACAAUAAAAAGUAGCAGAUAGUGGACAUUUAGAGCAGGCUUGGGUCACUUGCACGAUCUCUUUGUUGGCAAGGAGGAGGUGAUAUUAGUGCUGAAUGAUAUACAACGGGAUCUGUUAGCUACAACUACUUUUUGGAGUUUACUACAAGUGUUUAUCAACAACCAAAUAACUAAAGAUGAGUUGAAAAUACCACAAGCUGGGCUAAAGAAAUUGACCGACUCGUAUAUAAAGUCACAAGACGGUAAAAUGAGAAUUCCUAGUAACGAAAGAAGAAGUAUAUGAGUCAACUCCUCAAGAAAUGGCUUUGAAUUUAGGAAUGCGAAUGUUGCAGAAUGGUAAGCAAGACUUACUAGAGACACGAAAAGUGUGUCCAGGCGAUAAUGACUUGUGCAAGAAGUAUUUUGGUGGUGCUAAAGCCAGUCAAAUAUAUAAUGUUCAAGUGAAAGAAGCAAUUCUAAAAAGUCCAAAUGCGAACGAAAAUGAAGAACUUGUUAGGCUCUUGGUGCUUUAUUUGUGUUUUACAGUUUUCUUUACAAAAACUGGAGGAUCGAGUAUGUCUUGUAGCUACCUAGCCUUGGUAAAAAUCAUAGAUGUUAUAAACAACAUCAGCUGGCCUCAUCUGAUCCACAAACACAUGAUGCAUGGUAUUCAGAAAUCGAAUGGCGAUUAUAGAAAGAUCGAUGGAUGCGCAUUUUAUCUCUUGUAUUGGUAUGCGGAUAGAAGUAAUCAGAAAAUCAAUACGAGAUAUGGCUGCACCGAAAGGUUCCCAAGAUUCACGAGAUGGAGUACAAAGAUGAUAUCAAGGACUAUCGACACUCUUAACAGUUUAAAAUUUAUAGAUAUAAAGGAAAAUUUUGGUUGUCAAGUUGUGAAUGGAUUGGAGAAUAAUCUGAUAACUCCACUUCACGUGAUGUCCCAAGUGGAAAAGCUGAAUGAGAGGAUUAGACAACUUCAAGCUGAAGUAGAUGAUCAGAAACAAAAAACAAGUGUAAUAAACGUAAAGCUUCGUGAAAUCCAGAAGUGUUUAAGCGAGGAUCCAAAAGAGUUUGAAAUAGUGCGGAAGAUUUUAGAAGAUAUCUUGGAACAAGACAAAGGGCAGACACGUAGAGAACAAGAAAAUGAUGAUAGUGAUCCACACAGAGAACAGGAGCAUCAUAUCCAUAAACAAGUGAAUAUACUAAAAUAUAUACGAAACAGUGAAUCUGGUUCACACAGCGAAUAAGAUCCUACCUUAAGCCAACCGACCCAACAGAAUAAAGAAACACACAUGUCGCUGGAGAACAAACAAAAAGAGGAAGAGGAGCAUCAAAAAAAAAAUGGAAGAAUUGGAUAAAUAAAAGGAGAAGGAAGAAGAGGAACAAAAAAAGCAUGAAAUGCUGGAAAAACAAAGAAUGGAAGAGGAGGCACGAAAAAACCAAGAAUUACUAGAGCAACAAAAAAGAGAAGAAGAGGAAGAAAAACAACGUUUACUGGAAAUACAACAAAGGGAACAAGAAGAGCGUGAAGCGUAUCUUCAACAGGUAUGAAAUCGGUAUAACCUCGAAACGCUGGCUAAAUGUAAAAGUUUCACCACUAUACUUCGGCGAGUGUACCACCAGGGCUCAAUAUAAAACAAGUAAAUCGCUUCCAAAAUAUUCACCAUAAGAGAUAACGUUGGUGCAUUAUUAUUUUUUUAAUGAUAUAUUUUGACAUGCAGGUUGAAUGCCAAGUGAGAAAAAUAUCGUUCGAUUGGCAUCCUGAUAAAACUGUGAACUUGCCAGUAAUGGAACAAGAUGAAUUAGAAGUGAAAUUAUAGGUUCUUAAUAUUAUGAAAUACAGAUUUUCUGAGGAUGGUAUUCUACCUUGAUAUUGAGAAUACAUAGGGAGUUUUUAAGCUGCCAGAAGAAAAUCCGUAUAAACCAUAACGAAGUCCUUUUUUAACUGAAUCCAAAGAGGUGAAAAUUUAAUAUUUCACCUUGUAAACAAGUGAUAAUCUGAUUUUUCACAUGGAACUAGGUGAUAAUAUGGAUUUUCACAUGAGAUAUCAUGUUUGUA